CACCGUUCGAGUUCAUUCGUGACUCGUCCGCCGACAUUGCUCGUCUCGUGUCGUCCACCCGACACGCGUUCCACGGUUCCCGUCGUUCCCGGCUUGGCCCGCCGCCGCCGCCGAUAGCGUCGCGCGCACCUUACGCGCCUCCGUUGAAUACAUUUUAUCGAUACGUAUUUAUUUAUGUUUUAACAGUCGACGUUUUUUUUUUUUUUUUUUUGUUCGUAUUUAAUCAAAUGCAACUGCCGCGGCAUUUUCUUGCUUUUGUCGAGCACUGACGUGUAUUACGUCCCCGCCACACUCCUCUCGCCACUACCACCGUUUUCUCGUCAAGCCCACCGGUGAAGGACUCUUAACAAGAUGGCUUCUGUUAUCAGCGUUCCCGCAAACGAAGGUAUAAGUGUUAAAAAUGAACGCGAUGAUCCUGAAAUCAAUGCUAUGGCUCUUAAAAUGAAAGAGAAUUUUCAAAAAAAUGCUUCAGCUGCAGCAAAACAGCUGAAUUCUCCAGCCAAUGUUUAUAUAAACAGAGCUGGUAGGGCAGUUUCUUUGGCUAUUGCACCAAUUACACAAAAGAACAAUCAAGAAAAAUUACCUAAAGAUAGCGAAGAUAUAGAUAGUGUUAGAGGUAAAUUUUCCUGGAAAUCAAUUGCAGGAUACCAUGUACCAUACAUUAUUCGUAUAAUAAAUGGUGAAGAAUUGAAGUUUGUAUCUGUACGGAUGGCUGAAACUCAGCUGCUCAGCAACUAUUUACAUUAUUUACAUGCUGAUAUUUAUACAUGUACAUCAGUAAGAAGUCACUUUAUCACUGAUGCUGAAGCAAAAAUAUUAAAUGAUAUCAACAUAAAACAUUGUGAUGGUUUGUAUGGAAAAGAUAUGUUUUAUUCAAACAAAGAUUAUAUUGUCCGUUUAGAAGAUGUCCACGAGUUUUAUACAUUCAUAGAAGUAUGUUAUAAAAAAUUACUGUGCAAUAUUACUCCUGGCCGCAAAGAGAAAUGCGGUUUUAUUCGCAUCAAUUCUGAAUCUGUUGUGCCAUACUGCAUUAAAGAUGGCCAAAAGUAUGUUCCGCUAUUCUAUUUUGAAGGUGAAACAGAAAACUUAAGGCAUCGUGCUGUGAAACUUGAAAAUUGGAAUUUGGCCUAUCUCAAGUUCUGUUGUAAAGUUCAGGGUAUCAGAAAUGAAUUGUUUGCUAGUGACUCAUGCACGGUGACUAGUCUCGAUGAUAUCAAGAAUUAUUUUCCGCCAGAAACAAAUUUUGAAGAAUAUUGGCCAGCUAAGGUGGUCGAUACACAACUUCUAACAAAUCAAAAAUCUACCCAUGUUAAUCCACCAGGUGCUUGGAUCAGAGCCCCCCCUGAAGUACCUGCUCCUGAAAAUACUAUUCCGCACUCUUUGACAGCACCAGCACCGGUGAUGCCACAGAGUAUUCCAGUAAUGAUGAAUACCUAUCAAAACGGAUGGCCACCAAAUCAAAUGGUUAAUUCAUAUAGCACUCCGGCUCAGCCCUUGCAAACAACACGUGGCUAUGCUAUUGCGUCCAGAAAUCAAAGUAUAGCUGCUCAAUGCUAUAAUGCGGGUUCAACAAUGUCUCAAGGCAAUAGUUCCAUGAAUGGUGUGAAUCAUGUUAUACCACCACCACCUCUAGUGCGUGCAAAUAAUACAGCAUCAGUAAUUGGUAAUGCUGUGUCGUAUUCCAAUGUUGUGCCUAUUAGCCAAUGUAUGACAACCAUGUACAAUAGUAAUGCGAUGUCGCACUCAAAUCAAAUGCGACAAUUCUAUAGUCAACGUUCUAGUAAUAACAGUCAAGCUCAACAGCAACAACAGAUGCAGCAACAACAAAUACAACAGCACCACCAGCAGCAGCAGCAGCAGCAGCAACAACAACAACAACAUCAACAGCCACAAAUGAUUGCUACUCCUCAAACUCAGCAGCCAUAUAAUGGCCAAUCUGUGCACAGUCGUUUAACCAACACUCAACAGCGCAAUGCCUUAAGAAAUGUUGCACCGGUCGUAAUAACCCCAGCUACUGAAAUCAUUGACUUAUCAUCUCCACCAUCUAGCCCUGUUCCUCAUACUGUACAAGACACUUCUAUCCGCUCUAGUUCUGGAUGGGAAUUAACAAAAAUACCUGAACGAAUGUGGGCACAUGAUUCAUCAAAUAAUGCUGCAUACAAGAUCCAAAAGGCAACCCUACAUGGAAGAAUGAUCCACUGCAUAAACGCUAAACCUUACAUAUAUUCAGAUUUGAUGGUAACCUUGGACGACCUAGUCCAAAUGAUGUUGCCUUCGUGCACUGUUUCUAGAUGCGCGCACGUCUUGCACAAAUACUUAAAAACGACUCUAUUCAGUGGAAAUUCUGAACAGUUGAACGUGUUGCGAGAUAACGGACGCCUCAGGUCGAUGUACGCGGAAGAAACACCAAUGGCCAUGCUUCAAGAUAUCACGCAUGUGUUGCCCCAGUUAAAAACACUGGUAGCCAAGCAAGACGAACAAAUCAGCAAUAUCAAUCUACAGGUGGUCCGUCUAAGAGACAGCGCACCAGCUAGGAAUGGGCUGGGCACGGCGGAAGCCGACCCGACUGGCCGAAGCCGGCAGCGGGUAGUAGCAACAGCGGUGGCAGCAGUGGUAGUGGUGGUGCGAUUUCUGUCCCCUCAGCCACAACUGGUUGGUAUUCGCCUACCGCAACUGACAGUAACGAUUGGCUUAACGCCGGCGCCGGACCGUCGCAAUCGCCGCACCCGCAUCACCCACCACCGCACCCUUUGAUGCAAAACACUUAUCAGAGUCGAAGCAACUGGCCCCCGCCCCCGCCCUACAUGUAAGAACUACUACCGCAACUAAGCA